AUGUCGGCAUCGGAAGCUUCCAGUCAGGCCGCAACGACUCAGCGGCAAAACGAAUCAAGGGAUUUGCGGCAUACCCAACAACAAGAGCAACUAUCGCAACAGCAAAGACAGCAACCACAGCACGAGCAACCGUGGAACCAGCAGCAGCAGCAGCAGGAGCACGAGCAGGCAGAGCAAGGGACGAAGGCGUCGCACGGGAAGAAAGCGGGACAAGGGAAGACCCAACAGUCGCAGGCGCAAUGGCAAGCAGCGAUCAGCAAGUCAGGCGUGAAAUCAGCCGCAGCACCCAUGGGAACCGAGCGGCACCUAGCGACAGCCAUGCUGUUCCUCGUAGCCCUCUCCGUGUGUCUCUGGCUGGACGUGAAAACCGCAAUGGACCUGCUUGUAUCGGGUACGAGGGCGUUCGUGCAGCUGACAGCCGUCGGAUUGGGGCUCAAGUACAUCUUCACCGUUGACAGCGCGCAUCCCGUCUUUGUCGCCGUGGCAGUCAUGAUCGUGAUAGCAGCCUACACAGCCUCCCAGAGAGCCAAGUCAGUGCCUCGAGGCUUCUGGGUGGCGCUGGUGGCGGUGGCUACUGGCACUGUCACUGCACUCUCGCUCCUUGUCAGCUUGCAGGUGGUUCGGCUGCGGCCGCGGUUUGUGAUUCCCAUUGGCGGCAUUGUGGUGGGCAGCAGCAUGACCAUUGCUGCCAACACCAUGCAGCGACUCGCAGACGACUUCCAGCAGAGGAGGGGGCAGCUAGAGGCAGCACUAGCCCUGGGCGCUAGCCAAUGGGAAGCCUCCCUUCCCCUCAUCAAACGGGCAGUAGCCGUGGGUUUCGGCCCUACAAUAGACUACACCAAGACCGUGGGGAUAAUUCAGCUCCCAGACUCCAUGACUGGCAUGAUCAUGGGGGGAGCUUCCCCUCAGGAAGCAGUCAAUCAAUCUGCAUAUCACACUCACGCCCCUCCAUCCCCUACCCCUUUUUGCCUCCUUCCCACCCUCCCUUUUCUGUCCCCUCCAAUCCAGCUAGAGGCAGCACUAGCCCUGGGUGCUAGCCAAUGGGAAGCCUCCCUUCCCCUCAUUAAACGGGCAGUAGCUGUGGGGUUCGGCCCUACAAUAGACUAUACCAAGACAGUGGGGAUCAUUCAGCUCCCAGGCUCCAUGACUGGGAUGAUCAUGGGGGGGGCUUCCCCUCAGGAAGCAGUCAAUCUGCAGAUUACCAUUACUUCCGUGGGACAUGAGCGGCACAUCACAAUGACAGUGAUGUUUCUAGUGGCGCUUUCCAUCUGCCUCUGGAUCGAUGUUAACACUGCAGCGGACUUGCUUGUAGGGGGGAUAAGGGCAGCUGCGCAGCUCUCAGCCGUUGGAUUCGGGAUCAAGUACAUCGUGGCCAUUGAAAGCGGGAAGGUGGCAUAUUGUGGAGUUGCGAUCAUGGUGCUGGCAGCAGCACACACUGCAUCUAGGAGAGCCAAGCGUGUGGCAGGGGGUUUCUGGGUGGCGCUCUGGGCGAUAGGAGCUGCCGUCACACUCGCCUUCUCGCUGCUUGCAAGCUUGCAGGUGGUUCCCCUGCGACCGGGGUUUGUGAUCCCCAUUGCGGGUCUCGUGGUGGGCAGCAGCAUGACCAUUGCUGCCAACACCAUGCAACGACUCGCAGACGACUUUCAGCAGAGAAGGGGAGAGGUGAGCUGGAAGUGA